AUGCUCUGCUACCUUAGGGUUACGAUUGUUUCAGGUCACGAUUUGAUUUCCCACGACGGAAGACGGCCUCCUUCAGCUUUCGUGGAGGUACAAGUAGGUGAACAAAAACUAAAAACCGGGAUCUCUACCGGUUCGAACCCGUCGUGGAAUCAAGAUCUCAUCUUCGUCGCAUCGGAGCCGUUAGAAGAUCUAAAGAGAGAAGACUUCAAAGAUAUUACCCAUCUUAAACAACCCGGACCCGUACCGCUUCUGCACUGCGACAUUAAACUGCCGGAUAACCCCCAACCGGCAGGGGAUACUAGGCGGUUCGCAAGCAAACUUAUAGUGAAGCUAGCUACGGAUCAGACCUACCACGUCUUCGACGAAUGCAGCCAAUACUGCAGCGACUAUCGCCCUUUCGCCAAAGGGCUAUGGCCUGGCGUGCUGGGCAAGUUAGAGGUCGGGAUCUUGGGAGCUACAGGGUUAACCCCGAUGAAGAACUCGCAGUUUCAGAGACACGCUUACACUGUAGCCAAGUAUGGGAACAAAUGGGCAAGGACUCGAACCGUGGUCAACAAUGCGUCUCCCAAGUGGAACGAGCAGUGCUCAUGGGAUAUUUACGAGAAGUGCACCGUCUUCACGAUUGGCCUCUACGACAACCAUCAGUUAGUGGUGAAUAGCGGCCUUGAUGAUGUUCCGAUCGGGAAAGUGAGGAUUCCGUUGAGUAAGCUGGACUGGAACAAGAUCUACACGGGCUCGUUUCCGAUCUUGGUGUUGGGGAAAGAAGGGUUGAAGAAAACCGGUGAGAUCCAGCUGGCGAUCCGAUGCGCUAUUCCUCCGCCAGCGUGGUUGUUUUUCUCGCCGUCCUACUUUUUGGCUACGUCUCCUUUCCGUUGGAUGCUGCCGAAGUCUCAUUACAAGGCCCCUUUGGGGCUGCUUCAGUACGAAGACCUGAGGUCGAAAGCCGUUGAGGUGAUAUGUUUUAACUUGAAUAAAACAGUGCCGAAGUUGAGAAACGAGGUGGUCAAGGACAUGUUGAAGCCGAGGAGUAAGAGGUUCAGUAUGAGAAGAACCAUAGCUAAUUUCGAGAGGCUGUGUAGAUUCUUCAUGUGGUUGUAUGGCCCGUAUGCUUGGCUGGAUGCGAAUCUGGUCUCCACGACGGAUGUUGGUCGGAAAGCGAAAUUCCACGGUGUCAAGCUUAAGUACACGCGUCCGUAUCUGAUCGAGUUAAUGUUCUCCGAUAUUAUUCAGAUUUCUGAUCUGACACUUGUUGAUUCUCCACCGUCGAACAUCCACCCAGUCUACAGUAGGUAUGGUUACACCCUAUACCUAUCAUAUUUGUUUGAAUAG